AUGUAUUGUAUGUUUCCGCAUGUUGUGGCUAUCGCAGGACCUCGUCGCAUGAGCGAACGAGAUUUACCCUCUCGGCUUGGACGCGAUGCGACAGCACCGCAACAACAAAUACACGCCAGCAAGUCGGUGCCAGCGUUGCAUAACGUAGGAACGGAUGGGAAACAGCAGCACGAGGUGUUCAACCCUGGCUAUAGCAGGGCAUCGUCGAGCAACAGCGUUACACCGCCUGUCACGCAGCCACCUCCGCCAAUGACUGCCAUCAAUGGUUCGACCUCGAGUCACAAUUUGCACGACCCGACGAAAAUUGGCACGUUGCCACCGACCGGUCUCGUGAGUAGACAGCAGUCGUCGCCAAAUUUGAACCCUGGUCAAACGACGAGUAACAACGCCUCGAGCGUGCUUCAGGGUAACGAAGCCGAAAGAUUUUAUCAAAACUUGAGCAUCUAUCGAAAUCAAGACGCAGCCGGCAACAACACGGCGAAACAACGGCACAGCCCGUCUCAACAUUCGGACGACAGUCAGGCCAAGGACCGUCCGAUAUCCGCGUACGUACCUCAAGCUGCCCAACAGCAAGCUUAUCCGGUCGGUGGUGGUGGUCUGUCGCAGCAACAAAACUCGGCAGCGCCGCCGAGGUCUCAGUCGUCUCGAGACAUAAUACGACAAGAAGCGAAGCUUCAAGAAAUGCAGGAGGAGGUCAGAAGACGUGAGUUACGUGGUGGCAUUCCAGCUUCGUUGAACCAGUAUCGACCACCAAACGCGUACAAUUUGAAAACGAGCAUGUCAUCUGUUCAAUCGUCGUCGUCGGUCGGCGAUCGUUCUGGCGUCGUCCGACCGGCCACAAAGUCUGUCGGUUCUCAACCAAAUUUGGGAUCGAGUCCGCCGGUGACGGUGCCGUCGACACCGUUGACCUCGGUGUCUGGCCAUAUAGCCGCAAGGCAAACGGCUCCUUCGAAUUCUGGUUACUUGGAUACGCAGUACGGCUCGUACAAUAUGGUUCAAUAUGGAAAGCCUUCGCACCUGCACCAACAUCAACACCAACAUCAACACCAAUCUCAACCUCAGCAUCCACAUCAGCAUCAGCAUCAGCAUCAGCAUCAGCAUCAGCAUCAGCAUCAGCAUCAGUAUCAGCAUCAACAUCAGCACCAACAUCAGCAUCAACAGCACCAGCAUCAGCAUCAACACCAACAUCAAAAUAUACAACAACAACAACAACAACAACAACAAAAUCUUGGACACAUUCAAUAUGGACAACACGCUGGCGUGACAUCGCCGAGGGGAAAGAACGAUUUGAUUCGGCUGCAGUCGUCGAACGGAAUGUUUCUCGACUAUGGAAGAGAUCAGGGUAUGAGAGACAUUGGGAAAUUGUACGUGGACCAGAACCAACAUGUCGCUGUUGGAUCGCAGUAUUAUUUAAACGCCAACUCGGACGUACGAAACGAACAUUACAACGACGAACAGGGUGAAACGAACAGAGCGCAAGCCGCGCCCAUCGAUGCAAAUACCCUGAUGCCCAACGAAAUUUCGAUACGGUCUGCUGCUGCUGCUCUAGCGGAAGAAGGAUUCGCCGAGAGUCCACCGCCGCCGCCGCCGCCCAGCACCUCCACUCAUCCACUCUACAGCAACAAACAAACGGAUUCAGCAAGGUACACAGCGAGUAUGCAAGAUCCUCCUCGCGGAGGAUACUAUCCUGCAAAUACGAAUCCUGCGGCUGCCACGACGUUGCAACCACGUCAGUAUCAGUACAGUGCUUCAAAUCCGUGGCAGCGAGAAGAGAAAGAAAGAGAACAAGCACGCAGAAGAGAAGCUGCCAGACACUGGCGGGACCAACAAAUUGCCGAAUUAAGUGCCCUGUCUCACAGGACGUCGCAGCAAGAGGAGCAACUGCGAGCUCUUCAGUUGGAGAGAGAUUUUCAAAAGAGAGCCGAGGAAGUUGCCAACCAACAGGACGACGACGAGGAAAGUAACGACUUGGACACGGAAAACAUAAGAAUUCAGCAAAGUUUGCUUCGUACGCAAACGCAAGUGGCGCAAGAUCGAGCGAACAACUCGUUGGACCAACAUCAUCUCAACUUGUCUAGGACCAAUAUGAUCGGUCAGUCUGUCAAAGCGAACCAGCAGACUGGUCAAUCUUCCCUCAUGCACUCCACCAAUGCCGUGGCGGCACACACGGCCAAUAGUAGUAGUAGUUGCACGUCUCAGCAAUAUUCGCAAAAUGUUACAAAUUUACAACACCAGCAAUCGCAUCAUCAACAACAACAACAACAACAACAACAAGAUAAUUCCGACUCGCAUUUAUUAUCGUCAGACUUUCAACACGAACACGCCAGUCAAAUGACAAAUAACAUGGGGCAAUUUCAAAUGUCAUCCUUGAUUCAUUUGACCUCCUCUCAAAAACCCCAUGGUUUAUCAUCUCAGUCUAACGAAGAGAAAGAAAUGCACCGUAGACACGAGGAAAUCAAGCGAAAGCAAGUUGAAUUCGACGACGCUCAGUCGAGAAAGAAGGAAGAAGAGGUGAACAAGCAACAGCAAAUUCAACAGCAAAUGUAUCAGCAACAGCAUCAUUCGCAGCAGUUGCAGUUGCAAUCCCAUUUAAAAACUCAACAGUUGUUGCACCCCAGUAUGUUGCGAUUGGACAGUUUGAUUAUUAACGGAUCAAACGCAUCUUCCACGCAAAACGCCAGCAACGAUGCGCCCUUGCCUCCGGAACGAGGUUCCAGUUACGCCGUCAUGUCGCAGCAGAGUACUCUCAGAUCAAACAAUGCAAACAUAUCAAAUAUAAUAACGUUAACUCAGCCGCAAUCGACGUCCAUUAAGAAAGUUUCUUUUCACGAUUCGAACGCAAAUACAGAGUCUAUGCAACGAAACGUUUCGUCUGGAAAUUCCAACACGAGUCAAGUCCUGACUAUGGAUGUCGUUACAGAAGAUCCAAAUAAUUUCAUAAACGACGCGGAAAUUUUAUUGGCAUCUCCAAAAACGCCCGAAGGAUCCAGUGGAACUGCGAUUACUGGUAGUACGCCUGGCGUUAUAGGUGCUCAGGAACUUUUCGCUUGGCCGUUUAGGGAUCCUAGGCAAAGAAGACUCGCUGAAAAGCAAAAACAGCAACAAAGCUCUCAAGUGGGACAGGUACCUGAAAAGCUCAGUUUUAAAGAGAAAAUGAAGAUGUUUGCGAUGGAAACCGGUGAAGAUGGAACCCCGCGGGACAAGGUAAAAAUUUCACGUGCGCAGCGCGAGAUAGACAACAUUGGAAACCCCAGUCUAAACCCUACGCUAAACAGUAACAACCAUCACCACCACCACCACAAUCACCACCACACUAACAACAACAACAGCAGCAACAAUAAUAAUAACAGCAACAGCGGCAGCAGUAGCAAUAAUCCAAAUAACAAUAACAACAGUAACAAUGGCAGUAACAAUAUCAACAACAAUAGCAACCGACAACAGUAGAAAUUAAGACUGAAAAUUAAAAAUUGAUUUAUUUUUUUUAGAACCAUACUGUUGUUAAUGCGAAUAAAGAUCAGAAAGAUGAUCGGCAUGGUAAAAGUCGAGAACGAAACUUGUUGUUAUAUUUAAUGUAGAGUAUAUAUAACGUGUAUUAUAUAUUCGUAACGGAACCGACCAUUCUACGUAGACGUAUGUGGAUCAUUCCAGCAAUUAUUUGCACCGUUAUGACCAAAAGUAUGAAAGCCAUGAAAAAUGGACGUGGACGAGACAAGUAGUAGGACAAUUGUUAUUUAGGAGUAUUAGGGUAAAAUAAAUGCAUUCACGUAAUAGUAUCUAGCCUAGCCUCUUGGCUUUUGUAUUUUUAGUAUUUAAUUUUAACAGAGUUGA